CUGCGUGUAAUCGUUAGAAAUCGACAACAAAUAUGGCGGAUGGUGAGUGGUUUUUCUGCAACGUUUAAUAUACGUUACCAAAGUUUCGAAGACUAAUAAUGAGAGGAAAUGCUAUUUGAUCACACUGAUGCCGAACAGAGCAUGGAGGGUCACACACCUGCGGUAGAAAACCCACAUGCAGAAUAUGGUCUCACAGAAAAUGUACAGAGGAUAGCAGAGAAUGAGAAAUCCAAUGCAGAGAAGUCUUCGAAACAGAAGGUGGACCUGCAGUCGCUUCCUACGCGGGCGUAUUUGGACCAGACUGUUGUGCCAAUUCUUCUACAGGGCCUUUCAGUCCUGGCUAAGGAAAGACCUCCAAACCCCAUUGAGUAUUUAGCAGCUUAUCUCCUCAAGAACAAGUCACAGUUCGAAGAUCGAAAUUGACUUCAGUGAAAGCAACCGAAAAGCUCGAGUUGCUGUGCUUUUUUCCUUUCUUUUGUUUUACUAAAGACCCAUUACUUUUCUGUUAACGUGACUGCUCACUGUACAGUUCUUUUAAAACGGUAAUAAAGUAGAUGCUAUAUGGGCAAAGUUACUUUUGUUCGUAGUUAUGCACAGAAAUGCUAAGACGUGAUCCUGCAGUUUGCGCUGGAGUAACACCAUAUGUUUAGUAUUGAAAUCAGUGUUUCAAUGUUAAGAGGAUAAACAGAAGUAGUUUAUUUUUGAA